UACCCGAUAACGGUGAAUGAGCAUGAAGAGGCAGCCAUGAGCGUUGACACUAUGGAGGAAACAACGGCACUCCGCCAGAAACUGGUGGAUGAGGCUGCCAAGUUUCUGCUGAACCCAAGUGUAAUAAACCAUGCCAGUGACCAGAAAACUGCAUUUUUGCAUAAGAAAGGGUUAACUGAGACAGAAAUUGAGGCAGCAUUCGCAAAGGCCAAAACAGUUGCCCCAAUGGGUGCAGCAGUGAGUAGCAUGAUGGUACCUCACCCUGGCUCAUAUUCUGGACCCCCUGCUUCUGCCUAUAUGUUACCCUCUCAUCCUUCAGUGUGGAUAAAGAUUCGUGAUAUAUGCAACUUUGUCCUCAUCUUGACAGGUGCUUCAUAUGGUAUAUACCAUAUAUAUCAGAAGUACUUGGGUCCUUGGCUGACUGGACGACGUCAGAAGACAGUGGAUGAGAGCAUGACAGAGCUGCAACAGUCAGUCGUAACUGUCUUGAAGGAGAUACAAACCACAUUGGCCUCCCUGGAUCAUACCAUAAGUGCACAGAAUGUCCACAUUCAGGCACUAAGUACCAGGGGAGAUAACCAAGGAUAUGUCACACCCAAGCAGUUGGAUCAGUUAAAGGGGGAAAUAACCUCUUUGAAGGGGCUACUUAUCAAUCGGCGGACAUUUCCAUCCACCCCAAGCAUGGCACCAUCCAUCCCCUCCUGGCAGCGGAGUAAGGCAGUGGAGAAACCUCUGGAAACUACUACUGUCACAUCUGUCACUUUGUCGAACCAGGUUGAAGUGAUAGAGACAGAAGAAACAUCUUUGCAAUCUACAAAACUUCAAGAAGACUUAAGUGAGAUGGACAUUGAAGCUGUGAUUAUUACAUCAGAAGCUGCUUAUGCAGACAAAGAAGUACUGAAAGGAGAAAUUGUGGCUGUUGAUCCAGAAGAAAAUGGACAUGAUAAAGAUGAACUUAGUGUAGGUGACAGCGGUUCCUUUCCUGACUCAUCUGAUGAAAUGUCACAGUGAACCACACUGUCCACAAGGCGAACCGGACACUUAGUAGUUUAGGUUAAAGCUGAAAAAUUUUUAUGCCAUGUUAUAAAUUUAUUAGAGGUGAUAGUAAUAGGAGUUAAGGCUGAAGAAUGUUUGAUGCCAUAUUUUGUUUAUGUUACACUAUUUUAUACAGUAUUAAUGCUAUAGUUCUGUUAUAAUAUUAAUUACUGUAUGUGAUUUUAAACAGUGUUCCAAAAAUGUUAUCAUAAAAUAUGUGAUGCUUCAUAUUCCACUAGAGAUACAUAAUUUUUCUAAUAAGUUCCUCGGGUUUGUACUGAACAUUUGGGGCAAUGUUCUAUUUUGUAUUAACAUUCGGGAUCAUUCACACCUAUGUGGCGUUUUGAAUUAAUGUAAAUUAAACUUUUGCCUGACGAUCAGACACGCCACUGUGGCUAAUAGCUAAUUUUCUCUAAAAGUUCCUGGUCAAAUUACUUCAAAUUUUAACACCACAUUCCUGCAUGGAACCAAAUUUUACGGCUAAUUGGCAACCCGUCUACAUGGGGUAGAUCUUGCGGCCUCCAGACAAAGACAACAGUUAUAUGUCUGGCUCAGUAAGCGAGAGGUGUGUGUGUCCCAAGCAUGAUUUAAAAAUGGCUACCAUGGCGUUUGCACCACUAUCUCCAAAUAUUUAUUACUUACAACCUCGACAUUUAUUCUUAUGAAGUGAUAAAGUGAAGUGUAAAGAAAUAUUUAUAAUGAAAUACAGUAUUGAAAUAUUUUUUAAUUUGUGAGACGUUGGUGCUCUGGCCACGUGGCCAAGUGUUAUCUCCAAAUAUUUAUCAGUUACAACCUCGAUAUUUAUUCUUAUGAAGUCAUAAAAUGAUGUGUAUUGAAAUAUUUAAAAUGAAAUAGUGAAAUAUUUUUGGAAUUGGGACAUUGGUGAAACGGCUACUCAUAAUACAGUACAGUAGAACAAAAGCAUGUCAUAAUAUAUAGGCCUAGCUUGGAAAAAUAAUAAGUGAUGGUGAAAUGUAAUGCAGUAAAGGCAUGCAUAUGGUGAAUUAUAAUGAGUAUAUUGUGCUUAUUUGAAGUGUAUUCGUAAGGCCAUCGCCAUUAUCGUGCAUAUGCCAAGGCCUACUUCGUCCGAGUGGUAAGUGGAAAUAUUGCCAAAAUUUCAAUUUUUGUAAAACAAAAUUUUACUGGUCUAUUUCUCUUCCUUAGUACCGGGUAUGUGUACAGUAAUAAUCCUUCAUCAAAAAAUACUUUAAAAUUAUUUUGAAAAAAAAAAAAAAAAAUAGCAAGAAAAAAAUAUGGGCAUAAAUAUUUCGGUGACUGCGCGCCUAACCACCACUUUUUACAUUUUAUUCUUUAACUCCGUUAUUUUUUAUAUUAUAUUUUUUCUGAUUAUACCAUCGUCUUCCUCAUGAUUUAUUCUUUCUUGUCAUCUGCAUUUUAUACUGACUGAUGCAAUGAUGUGGGUACAGCAAGAAGAGGAAUCAACAGUAAACUCUUAACUUUUCACUUAUACUCGCCAGUUUUUUUUAAUAUAUAUAUAUAUAUAUAUAUAUAUAUAUAUAUAUAUAUAUAUAUAUAUAUAUAUAUAUAUAUAUAUAUAUAUAUAUAUAUAUAUAUA